UGCCUCGUUAUACCCGUGCACACAUGGCAGGAUAUGGUUCAGCAUGAAUAGAUUGUUCCUCUUUCACACAGGAACAUUCUUUUCACACGUACAAACUUAGUUUCUAUUAGUGUUAUUAAGCAUUCAGAUAUACAUACAGCAAUUUCCCUCACAGACGUUAGAUGUCAAGUGAUUCUUGGAGGACAGUCACUGUCAGCAUGUCUGCUAUCUGUUUAAAGCUUAUAACCGUCUUUUGUCUCUCCUGCACAGCCCAAAGUGAUCCAGCACUGGGAGCGACAGAGAGCAGUGGAGUGAUAUGGAAAAAUGUUGAAGAACAGGUCACUAUCCAGUGCAAAUGUCCUAAAUCAGGCCAUGAUAGCCUGACUUUGAAGAAGGGUCUCAAUGAGGAGUUCGAAGUUUUGGUCAGAGUCAAUGACAAACAAACCAUUAACAAACAAUUCAGUGACAGACUUCAAGUGAACGGAGCAAUGCCCAACGUGAGCAUUCUCAUCAUGAACCUGACCUCGAAUGACACAGGGCCAUACUGGUGUGUGUACAAAAUGUUUGACGCGGGGUCCACUAAAACCGAAAUCACGAAAGGCUUAGGGUCUGUGCUCCUGGUGGUGACAGACAGCAACAAGCAGACGUGUGAAGAAGCGGAUAAGAAUCUGAUCGUGGGGUCCGUUGUGAUCACUGCCGCUGUGCUGCUCUGCAUCGUCUUGUCCCUCUUUGUAUGGCUCAUCCACAAGAGCAAGUCCAAGAAACCAAGGCGCGUCCCCACCAAUGAUGUUUAUGAGGAUAUGCGUGGAACACUCAGGCGCUGAAGAUGUCAGCCUGCAUGCAAACAACCUGCAACUCUGCACCAGUGAAGCACAGGUGAUGCAAGUGCUUUGUGGAGUUUGGAGAACGCCUGAGCUGCCAUUGAUGAUUAUACACAAAUGGCUCAGCAAAAUGUAUAAAAAUACAUGACGUAACUCCAUUUGAAGGUGGUACAGAAGCGCAGAUGUAACAGUUUGUCUCGUCUUUAAGUAGCAGAAAAAAUGUGAACGAUACCCUAACAUGGGCACCUUUUGAUACGAAGUAUUUCUAUUGUAAAUAUGUUCUUUGAUUCCAGUAACUUCUUAUUGUUUGGUGCAAAGUUUCUAUCAUGAUUUAAGAUGAUUUAAUGUGUUAAUGAAGGUGAGGUUCAUUCAAAUGUCAUACAAGAUAUUAUGUCUUGUAACUUGUAAUACCACCGUAAUUUCCCUCUACAUGAGGCAUGUAUGUGUAUUUGUAUAUUACAUUAUGAAUUUGUCAGCAAUAAAUUUGUGGGAUUUAUA